GUACGUUUAGCAUCAAUUACUUCAUUGUCAGUAAUCAAUACAUUAACUAGAAGUUAUGCGACAAGGAAAAGCACUUUGGUUUGCGGUUGACUUUGAAGCGUCCCACGAAUAGGCCAACGUCACAGUUUUCUGGUAGCUUAACUAGAUAAUGCACUACGCCUUCGUUGCUGGCUUAAAUUUACCGCGGAAGCUUACUCGAGGAACGCCUUUUUGUGUGACCAAGGACGAAUCCAGUCAACCAUGAACACCGCUCACAGCAGUGGCCCCGGGCAACGCAUUAGCCAGUGCAAAAACAGCCGCUUCGACUGUUAGCAUCUCCCUGGGGGUCCCUCGCCCUCGCAGCACGCCCAGCUGCGGUAGCUGGCAGCUGUGCCGACCAUGCCAUGAUGAGCGCGGGCGCGGAGCUGCCAUCGGCUGCAACAGACAUGGCUGACAUGGCGGAGGCACCAGCCACAUCCAGAACGCCGGCAGCCGCGGAGACAGUGAAAGACCGGGAACCCACAGCUCAGCCAGGUCCCAGCCCGGAUAGUGUUUUCAAUGCAGCCGCGGCAGCAGCAGCAGUGACGGCGGCUGCGGCUGCGGCCGGGGACGCGCCGUCGCAGCAAUGUCCGUCCUCGAAGGGACCCACGGGUGGCGGCGACGCGCCGCCUGAGGGGAUAUCCACCGGCGACGGCUCCGGCGGCUAUUCCUCGGAGCCGCCCUCCGCGCUGGAGUCGCCGCUGUGGUCGCAGGGUUCCCCUCGUUUGGAGGAAUCCAUGGCGGCAGUGGCCUUUGCGUUCCUGGAGCGUGUGCCGCAGGCCCCUGCGCAACCUAUCCUCCCGGCCUCCCAGGCUGGAAGUAGGGGUCGUACUGGAGGAGCCCCGGCAGCAGCGGCGGCGGCGGGGGCAGUGAGGGAGGCGGCGGUAGGGAGGGGGUCGUACGCGGCAGUGCGAGAUGGCGGCGCGUCACCGCCGUUGCCGGCGGAGGCUGCUGACGGCGCUGACGGAGCAGCAGCAGCAGCGGCGGCGGAGGCGUCAGGGUAUGAGGACGGUGGCGAAGACGGCCGGAUCGGGGAUGAAAGUGCGGCCGCUGCUGCCGAAGGGGAGGGUGGACUUGGUGACAGCCAUGGAAGCAAAGAAGUCGGUGCCGUCCAUGAUGUGGAUGAAAGCGCCACCGACGCAAGGAUUGGGAGCGGUGGCAGCCGUGUGAACGUCAGCAGCAGCAGAUCAACCGCUCGUGUUCAGGGGACGAACUGUGGUGGUAGCGCCGGGGGCAGUCCGGUCGUUGUCAAGUUUCAAGGCGUUGGCUUCGCUGGCGGCGGCAGCAGCGGCGGCAGCAGCGGCGGCAGCAUUGCUAAGGGCAUGAUGGUCACGGGUAGUAGCUGCGGUGGCGGCAGCAGCAGCGCCGGGGGCAGCGCCAAAGGUAUCCUGGUCGCGGGCAGUAGUUACGGCACUCCAACCGCCCGCAGCGGCGGUGGCGGCAGCAACAGCAGCGCCGGCGGCAGCAGUGCCGCCACCAUUGGCGGCAGCAGCGGUGGCGGGGCCAGUGGCGGCGGCAGCAGCAACAGCAGCGCCGGCGGUGCUGCUAGCCCUAAACGCCGCACCCAGGACGCUCUGCUGCGCAAGGUGCAUUCCUCCCUGCGCAAGCCCGAGCGACGCGGCUUGGCCUCCGCCGGCCUCGUGAGUUGCAUCCAGCAGCGCUGGAAGCGACUGACGCAUGCGGUAACGGGAAUCGUACGGACGAACCGACUGGUGGCUAGCGAGCGACAGGAGUUCAUGGCGGAGAACUUGCGGGCGCUGAGUGCAGCCAAGUCGGGGGCGACGGGAGUGGUGCUUGAGGUGGGCAGCCCGCGGGACCUGGAGCGCAUCAACUAUGUGCUGCAGGGCGACGAGGGCAUGUACGGCACCGAGGUGUUGGCGGCCAGGAAGGCACUCAAGGCGCACCCCAAGGUUGUGGCGGUGGCUCACGCCUGGUGGAACUGGCUGCCCAAGGUGCCUGCGCGCGUGGUGGAGGUGGUGGGGGGGCACCAGCAGCAGCAGCAGCGACAAGAAGGGCAGGAGGAGGAGGAGGAGGAGGACAGGGUGUGUCCCGCCGCCGCUGCCGCUGGUGCCUCCGCCGCUGCUGCUGCUGCGGCGGCGGCGGAGGUUGUGAAGGGUGUCACAAGGGGUGCAGAGGAGGCCAGGGAGCCAGCCACGGCAGCAGCGUCCACAGCAGCAACAGUAGCGGCGGCGGCGGCGGUGCCGGCGGAUGGCAAGGAGAAGAAGGGGCGGGAGAGCAAGGCUGCUGCGGCUCCUGCUGCUGCGACUACUGCGGCUGCUGCUUCAGGCGGUGCCGCUGCGGGGUCUGGGGGUGCUGCCGGCGCUACGGGGGGCGGCGGGCCCGCAAUGGAGACGGCGGCGGUGGGGGAUGUGUUCACGCCGGCCCUCGAUGAGGCCACCUACAGCGCCGUCGUGGUGCUGAUUACCAUGGUGCUGCUGCCUCGCUUCGGUCUGCCUGCGGACGAGCGCUACGACCCCCGUCAGGACUGGCUGAGCGACAGCAGGGGGCGGCCGUACAUGGACUUCCCCGCCUUCUUCAAUGCGCUGUUUGAGCUGGCUGACAUGUGGGCGGAGGGCGUGGGCGGAGUCGAGUACGCCGAGUUGCUGGAGUUCUUGCUGGCGGGCUGUCAGGAGCUGGAGCGGCGGCGGGGUCUGUUCACCUGGUUGCUCACCAAGUUCCGCCGUCAGCUGCAGCUGGAGGCGCACUGCCUACGGGAGGCACAGCAGCAGCAGCUGCAGGGCGGCGCUGACGGAGCAGCAGCAGCAGCAGGGGCCCGAGGGGAGGAGGAUGGAGGGGCAGGGCAGCAACAAAGUCAACAAGCUACGUACUUGCCCCUGCUACAGCAGCAACAGCAGCAGCCACGCUACCGCCAAGCUGGUAACCACAUGCAGCAGAUGCAAGCGCCGUCAGCGUUGUCCAACAACGCUGCGUCAGUCGCGGGUACGGCUGACUACUAUUCCUCCGGUUCCGGUUCCAAACCCAAGUCGACUGGCAGGAAAGCCGAUGCGGCGUUACAGCGGGGGCGUUCCUCACCCGAACCGGCGUCUCCGUUGUUGCGGCCUGAGGUCAGAGCGGUGCCUGUGAUUGUGGAAGCUGCAGCGGAGCUGGCGGCUCCACCGGUACGACAACAGCAACAACAGCUCCAACCGCCAUCGCAACCGCAACCCCGACGGCUACCGCCAAUGCGGUCGCCGUCGCCGACCGAGGAGGAGGCUACCUCAGAGACGCGGGCGGCCGAGCCGCGGCCCAACGGACCCGUGGGUCCGUCGCAUCACGCAUCAUGGGUUCAUCGUCUGGAAUACGAACGGCCGGACUACAGCGCCGUCGAGUCGCAGUUGGCGGCGUAUUUCCGUUCGAACAACAACAUGCCGCGUCGUACACGUCCGCGACUGCACGUUCCGGAAUACGAACGGCCGGAUUACAGUGGCAUUGAGUCGCAAGUGGCGGCAUACCUUCGCCAACCGCUGCCAUUGCCUGUUUCGGCACGUCGUCGCUCGUCUGACGCCGCGGGGCAACCGUACUGGGGUGAAUGGGCGCGCCGUCGCUCGUCGACUGACAUUGGCACCGGCGACGGAACCGGGCCCAAUGGCGGCGGCCGUUCAUCUUCUUACCAUCCUUGGAGUCGGUUCCAUGGUCCCGGGGAGUGGCGAGGUGCUAGAGGCUCCUGGCAAAUAGGUGAUGGGGAGCUCUUGCAAACCGGCGGCGGCGGCAGUAGCAGCAGCUGCUGUGAGUUAGGUAGCGUCAGCAGUUGCAGCAGCGAUGGAUUACAACCGUCACAACCGUCCCAGCAACAUCAGCUACAGCAGCAGGAGCAACAGCAGCAUGAUAACGGUAUGGCUGGAGUGCCGUACCGAGGUGGUAGUUGGCAGGGAGUUGACAGUUGUGUGUACGUUGGCGGCGGCAGUUGGCCGGCCGCCAGUGGCGGCAGCAUGGGCGGCGGCAGUGGAGCCGGGAUGCAGCCCCGAGGCGGCCAUUGGCAGUUGGGCGACGGUUGGUUGCAACAAGCCGGCGGUGGCCCCGGCGGCGGCGUCAAGUACGGCAGCGGCGGUUGGCAGAUUGCCGUUGCCGGUUGGCAGCCUAGCAGCGGUGUUGGCGCUGGAGGCAGCGGAGGGCUCCAGUUGGAGAUCCCGAGCAGCCCCGGAUCGAUGAGCCCCGGUGGCGGCAGUGGCGGCCGGGUGAAGGUGGCGGUUCGGGGGCACAGCCUUGGCUUGGGGACGGCCAUGCGGUUGGACCCGGGGGCGGCUAUCGGUCAUGAGGAGUGCGGCAUCACGCACGGCAACAGCGGGGAGGGCUGUGGCGGCGAUAGUGGCUCAGGCGGCGUGGGUACGGGCUCCGGAGAGUUACCCAACGAGAUGAUCGCCCCUCGCCAUCGCUCGCAGCACCAGGGGGGCACUGGCGGCGGUGCGACAGACGACGUGGAGGCGGCCCUCCUUAACCGGUCCCGUAGAGCCCGGUUGAGUGACCCAAGUGGUCAGGACAGCGGCGCAGCAGCCCUGCAUGGACCUGCCGCUGCUGCUGGUGCUGGUGCUGGUGGUGGGGGCGGUGGACGUGCGGGCGGGGUGGAGCCGCUGUGCACCUCUGACGGAAUGGCGGUGCACGCGAGCGACAAGGUUCGCUCCGAACACGACCACCAUCAUCACCACCACCAGCACCACCAUCGUCAUCGUCACCACCAUCAUCACCACCACCAUGCAAACGCAAACCUGACCUCCGGUCAAACGCUUCCAAUGCAGCAACCGCAGUAUCAGUGGCAGCCACCCCAAGAGCACCACCAGCAGCAGCAGCAACAGCAUGCGGGAGAAAUGGAGCGAACCUCCUUGCCGUACAUCUUUAAUGGUAGCUUUUCCCCAGGAUCCUUCCACGCUUCUCCAGCGGACCCUUUCCUCGUGCCUUCGCUGCGUGAAUGCCUGGGGGAGCUGCUCCUGCUGUCGCAGUCCUCCGCGCCCGCCCUGCUGCCACCGCCCUCAGCCAUCCGCGGACGUGGCUUGGCAGUGCCUACGGGGCCCGCUAGUCCGAAAGGCGGCGCAGGGGGAGGCGCAGGGGGAGCAACCGCAGCAGCAGUAGCAUCAGCGGCAGCGGCAACAACAUCAGCCCCUGCUGCGGGAGCUGCCGUCGGAUGUCGUACAGGUGCGGGUGUCGCGGCCUGCCAUGCUGGCGGCAGCCAGUACGGCAGUUCGGGCAGCCCGGGGGCGCUGGUGGUCACUGCCACGUCACCCUCUGCUGCUGCUGCUGCUGCUACUGGGUACCUCCCGGUGAUUAAUAACGGCCAGCAGCAACAACAACAGCUGCAUGUGCAAGCAAUACACAGCUUGCAUGAAAUAGGCCGUGGCGGAGGUAGAGCUGGCGGCGGCGGCGGCAGUGUCCUCCUGCCGCUGCUCUCUUCCAACUCCCCGUCCGACGCUCGGCAAACCGGCGCCACAGGAGGCGGCCAUGCAGGCGGCAGCAGCAGCGGCUCGGCGCCCCGCCGCGGCUCCUUUACCUCUGGAGACAGCCAAUCCUCUUCCCAGGGAACGACGACGAUGACGGCGACGGCGGCGGCGGCGGCAGCAGGGCUCUCUUCCGUAAGCGGUGGCGACGGCGCCGCUGCCGCCGCCGCCAGCGGUGGCGACGGCGGCUUCCAUCGCACCGCCUGGGUUCGAACCAAGGACCUGCUGGAGGCCUCCAGGGCACAGGUAUUGAGCAUGGCACAGUCGCUGCUAGCACAGCAGAAGUCCUACACAAAGCUAUCCGCCGGCGGUGGUGCUGCCGGCGGCGGCAGGAUCAGUCCUGCCGGCGGCUGCGGUGGCGGCGGUUGCAGCAGCAGCGGUAGCAGGUUGGAGUCGCUGAGACCGGUCAACGGCGGACAGAAGCGAGCGCAAUGCGGCGGCUCCUUCCAGGCGUACGUGGAGAGCGGCAAGGGCGGAGGAGCAGCAGCGGCCGCCGCGGCUGCUGCCGCCGCUAACGUGAACAACGCAACACCACAGUCGUUGGUGUCGGCGCCGUCGCCGCUGCUGCUGCCGGCGCCGUCGCCGUCAUCCUCGGUGCUUCCUGCUCUCAGCGCGUCCGUCUCCAUCCCGCCUCCGACGCCGCAUCCCUCCCCUGGACCCCUUUCUCCUCCUCCUCCUCCGAGCAUACACAACGCUACGUCCAUGCCGUCCGCCUAUGGCUUGGGGGCAGCCGCCUAGCCCAGCCUUUCCAAGCUAGGCAGAGCAUCAUGCCGUCUGCUGCAGUGCUGCUGCUGUUACCUAAGUAACUUCUAACACGAUUCGGCCUGCCACUACCACCGUACUCUGCUCCUUUCUGAACACCACGACGCGCAUGCAUGUGCGGGCGGAGAGGUAUGUCAUCCUCUGUUGUCGCCGACUCUGCUCGUGGGCGCUGAAGGGCAGAGUGUGGAUAUGUUAGUGCUGCACGCGCCCAUUGCAUGAAACAAGGCGCGAACUCUGCUCGCUUCUUGACGUGCACUUGUGUAAGGAAGGGACUGCAUUCAAGCUGCUGUUGUUGUUGUUCAUACGGCUGUUGUUUACUGGCGGCAAACAGCUGGAGGCGACAGCUGUGCAUGUCUCCUACAGCUGUCUCGUCGCCCAGUUCCACAGGGGGUUGUUGAGGUUACUAUUCGAGUGGCAUGUUGCUUUAGCGCUAACCAUUCCCGGCCCUUGGAUGUGAUAUCGGGGUGCUGCAAUGGUGUUCCGGGCAACAUCGGAGUGUGCAGGCGGUUUGCUGCCGGCCUGCACCAGCGGCCUGUGAAAGGCUCCAUGCAAGCAACCUGUGUACGCUGCUGCGUUGCCCUCAUGUUUGCCUAAGUCAGGCACACGCAACUGCCUGUAUCUGCGCAAGCGCCUAUGGGCUGUGUCCCCAACAUGCGUUUGCUGCGGAUCGAAUCUCCGCGGUUUCGUUGUCACGGCGGCGCGACCCCUGUUGUGAUGUGGGUUCUUGCGUCGCUGGUACCUAGCUUACUAGCGCCCUGUUACUUUUGCGUGAGUCACCGGCACUUGCAAUGUGUCCAAUGUUGCUGUUGUGGUCAUGGCUGGUAUUUAAACUAAAGAAUGCAUGUGACUAGCUGCCAACAAGCGGGUAAUGGCAAGAGGGCAUGGCUGGGGUUCAGCAGAGGCUGUGACGGGGGCGUGUGAGAGCACAGGCUUGCGGCUUGAGACACACACAAGUUGGGUGCGGCGCUUAGUACCGUAGUGCAUAUGUGUAGAGAGAUGCCGGUGAGGUCAUGUCCCAUGUGAAAGAUGACCUCAACCUUGCUUUGUGUGUCAUUAGGUUUGCAUGCGGGGGCUUGAGCGUGAUUGAUUGUGUGACAGCCUGCCUGUUUCGCCUGGAGGUUGAGGCCUUGCUGCUUGGGUUCUGGAUUGCUUGUGUUACCUGCCCCGAAUAUCGGUAUUGAGCAGUUGGAAGACUUGCGCGUGUGCAUGGCAGUUGACGCUAGCUACGUUUCAAGACCGAUGGCAUUGAUUAACUCUGUGGGUUUCCGCUAUAACCACCCCGCAUGUCUGCGUGGGCUGGUGGGUUUAGAAAGUUGUGCAUAAGUAAGUGCUCUGCCAGCAUCUUAGGCUUGAAGUGAGGUGGUUCCAGCAGUACUCCGCAUAAUCCGUUGUUAGUCCUUCAUGGUUGGUCACCACGCGCUCGAUGAGGGGCGGCCAGGGAGGUGCAUGUGUCAUGAUGUUGGCGGCAUGUUUUGAAGAGUCUGGUCAACAUUCGCGAUCAUACCGUUGCUGUUGAUUUGCUGCCAGUUGGCCUCUGCAAUGCCUGCGUUGAGCUACGAGGGCACUCUGCCCUAAGGGCUAUUGUGACCCGGGUUAGAUGGUUAUUCUUUGUUUGCCGCAUGUGAAGCCCUACGGUGUUUGCUAGAUGUUAAGUAUCGGAUGCUGUUUAAUGCUGCUGCUGCUGCUGCCGCUGUGUCCCGCUGCAAGACUGCGGAUGCUUGUUUGAAUGCUGUGCGUUGCUUAAUUGGCCGUCCCCCAUUUACCAAGGGUUAGCCUGCUUACGGUGGGAUUGCCAGCUGUUCAAUGAAGUCGUAAUGAGACUUACCUCCCCAAGUUGGUCCACAAUAAAAUAGCAUUGUUGCCUGCUCCGGUAGUUGGUGUUUCGCAAGUCUAGUUGGCUAGUUUUGUACUGUUGGUUGCUGGUUGCUGGUUACAGCCCUUUUGUGUUGCGGGUAAAGGCAGUGCCGCGAUUGCCAGCGACUGUCUGCCUUGUAUCAUGCGACAGGGCCCGGGGGUACUGGCAUGCAGACGAGAGAAGAUUCACCUGGUAUUAGAAUUCAUACGUGAAUGCGGUGUAAGAAGCCAAUGUCGCGUCUUGUCAUGUUUGGGAGGACGACAUUGGUUAAUUGGUUCGAGCCAAGGGGCAAGGUUCCCCUGUCGCUGUAAUACUCCGGCACUGACGGGCAUGUCAGACAUGACAGCAGCAUGGCGUGGGUACGGCGUAUGUUGCUUAGGAGCGCAUUAGGAGCAAAAGAGAACGCG